AUGGGCAUCGCAACCGAUACAGAGGCAGCCCCAGCCUACGAGGAUCUCUUCGCCCAGGAACAGCACGACUCGCAAACGGGGAUCCAUCGGACCCCCAUAAUGAUCAUACACAUUGUGAAGCAUGCGAUCGGCGACUUGAACGACGGGAGCGCCGCCGCAACCAGCAGCACUGCUGUUCGAUGGUUGCGCUGA